AAAACUGCAGCAUCUUUCCCUUCGCAUACUCUCCCUCUCUCUCUCAUCCCAAAAAGGUAUGGCUCAGAAGAGAGAGAAGGAGGAGACCGAGCUCAAGGUUCCUGAAACCUUAACCUUGUGCACACCGCCAAUCUCCGCCGCUUCUUCUACGAUGUCCGCCUCAGACGACCGUAGAUCGUCUCCAGACAGAUCGGAUCUGAAGAGCGGUGGCGUCACCGGUGUAAACGUUGACUUUAGACCGAACUCCGGUGCCUCGCCGGAAAAGACGGAUCUGCCUAAAAAAAGACGCUUGGAGGCGGUGGAGCCGUUCGAUAAUAUCAUCAGCAACAGGCUUAAGCGACGCGAGGUGAAUCGGUGCUCAGGUUGCAAGAGGAAGGUUGGAUUGAUGGGAUUUAGGUGCCGUUGUGGUGAGAUGUUCUGCUCCGAGCACCGCUACUCCGAUCGACAUGACUGUAGCUACGACUACAAGGCUGCCGGACGUGAGGCUAUCGCUCGUGAAAAUCCAGUUGUCAGAGCGGCGAAGAUUCUCAAGGUCUAAAGCAUGAUCGGAGAGACACGAAACGACAUCAUCCGAUUCAUCAAUCAUCGCGUUUUCACAUCUCCGGUUGUAAAAACAUGGCGCCAAGCUAGGAACAAGAAAAAAGAAGGUGGUAAAGGUAGGGUGCUUACGUCACGUUUUUCUGAUUAGGUUUGGUUUAUUUCUGGUUAGUCUCAUAUGAAGAUUGAAGAGAUUGGCGGUGUAGGCGUUUACCGGUUGGGGAAAGGGAGGGGGGUAUUGUGAAAUUCGAUAAAAGGUUGAGGUUAUUAAUUGUCAAUUUAAUUUAUGAUGGUAGUGGAACUUUUUAUGAUUUACGUUACGGUGCUUAAUAUUUUAAAAGAUUUGAUUUGAUUU